GUGGCCUAAUUCCUUUGCAACCCCUGCUUCCAACUUGUCUUGCAGAUCUGAAUAGCAGCCCUUGGUGGGUUCAUGAAUGUGGGGGGUUAUAUACUCUGCUCUAUUGACAAAACUUGCCAAACUGCUUCAGAUCUGCAGGAGGUACAAGAGGAGUAAUUGGAGUUGAGCAAUAAAUAACAUCAUUAAUGCUGUAACUGUCACCGACUCUCUUCUCAUCUGCCAUCCUCGCCUCAUAUUUUCCCACCUCACCCUCGGUGUUCAGUCCUUAACAGAGACAUUCAUCACUUCCAUCAUGUUUCCUCUUUGUAUCCAUCAGUUUAAAACCCCUUACCAUUCCGACUGUCACCCGCACACCAUUUUCUGCGCAACUUGCUGUGUAUGAGUACGGUUGGCGAGUUUGGGUAUGCCUUCACUGUAUGGACAAAACAGGAUACAACUAAAAGAGCGACAAACAAAACGGCUUUAAGCAUUUAGUGAUAUGUUGCAUUCAAAACAUGCAGGUUUUGUAAUGCCUUUACGUCAACAAAACAGUUGUGUUUGGUAUUUUGCUUGUAGUCGUUUUAGUUCUUAGUAGCAUUAGGGCACAGUGUGUUUUCUCAUUAAUAAGGCCUUCACUUCCUCGACGCAGUGAUCUGGGGUUCAGCUCCAAACCUCAGGAUCAUGCAGUGCCAUGUUUUUCUUUCUCUGGCCCCUUAGCUGUGAACUGAUGUCACUGAUAGUAAAGGCAAGCAUGUCUGGAGGUCUGCUAAGGUUGUUUUGGUAUUAUUGUCAUUGUAUAGAGACUUCUACAUUAGUCAAAAGAACGAAGAAAAAAAAAACAGGGUAAAUUUAAAGCAGCUCUCAGUCCAUUUUUAGUACACAGAGUCCAAAUAUUUUAGCCAUGAAUCUGGAUUUUCAUUCUCCGGAAUGGGAAGGGGUUAACUUCAUGAAAUCUUCAGCAUGUUAAAUGUUUUCGAUAGAGCAUGGAGUGUUUACUAGCUUGAUUUAUUUCUGCAUUGCAUAGUUUGAGGUGACAAAGAAAAGGAUUGUUACAUCUUUUUAAGUUUGUUUCCUCUUUUUUAUGACUCGAUUAUUUUCUCAGUUUUUUUUGUUUUGUUUUUUACAAGAGUCUUGACCCAAUCUUGAACCGGUGUGUCCUUCUACCUUGUCUAUAUUUGCCCAAUCAAACGUCUCUGUUUUGUUUUCCGUCCCAGCUGUUAUUCACUCUGCCUGAAGAGUCCAGAUGGCAAAGACUCAGACACACAUUAGUGUAUUCACACAUCAGCGCGCACACGCGCACACACACACACACACACACACACACACACACACACACAUCUUCAUGGCUUUUUACCAUCACCUCCCUUCUUCUCCUCCAUUAUGAAAAUAAAAAGCCCCAAACGACCACUUUUUUGAUAAAGUUUUUUCUGGGCGCUUUUUUUUGCCUUUCCACACCAUCUUUAAAAGAACCUCUGGUUGACUUUUUUUUUGACGGUUUUUCUAUUUUCAGGGAGCGAGAAAGCAUCGGUCCCUUCCCAAGGCUUUGCGUGCCCUACAGAUAGAGAUGAGUGAGGAAUUGGACCAGGGGAAGUAUGAGUGUGUUGCCACCAACAGCUUUGGGACACGCUACUCCACUCCAGCAAACCUGUAUGUCAGAGAGCUGCGAGAAGUACGUCGCGUCCCCCCUCGCUUCUCCAUUCCCCCGGCCGACAGCGAAAUCAUGCCUGGGGGGAACGUCAAUAUCACCUGCGUGGCGGUCGGCUCGCCCAUGCCGUACGUGAAGUGGAUGCUGGGAGCGGAAGACUUGACGCCCGAGGACGACAUGCCCAUUGGACGCAACGUCCUGGAGCUGACUGACGUGCGCCAGUCCAACAACUACACCUGCGUUGCCAUGUCCACGCUCGGUGUGAUCGAGGCGAUGGCGCAGAUUAUUGUGAAAGCCCUGCCAAAGGCUCCUGGUGCUCCUGUGGUGACGGAGAGAACUGCAACUAGCAUUACUCUCACCUGGGAUUCUGGAAACCCCGAACCAGUCUCCUACUACAUCAUCCAGCAUCGCGCCAAGGGUUCAGACGACCCUUACAAAGGGAUAGACGGCAUUGCCACAACGCGUUACAGCGUUGGCGGCCUCAGCCCGUACUCUCACUACGAUUUCCGGGUCGCAGCCGUCAACACCAUUGGCCAGGGUCCGUCCAGCGAGGUGGUGGAGGCUCGUACAGCGGAGCAGGCUCCCUCAUCGCCUCCUCGGCAGGUCAUAGGUCGGAUGCUGAGUGCUACAACAGCAAUGAUUCAUUGGGACGAGCCGGAGGAACCCAACGGUCAGGUGGUCGGUUACAGGGUGUACUACACCUCAGACAACACACUCCCAGUCAACCAGUGGGAGAAGCAGAUGGUCCGAGGCACCAAUUUCAUCACCAUCCAGGAUCUGACUCCUAACAAGACCUAUUACAUCCGAGUGUUGGCGUUUACCUCUGUAGGAGAUGGACCUUUGUCACAGGAUCUCCAAAUUAUAGCCAAGACUGGAGUUCCAUCUCAACCAUUGGACUUCAAGGGGGAAGCCAAGUCUGAGACCAGUAUCCUGUUGUCCUGGGUGGCCCCCUCGACCCAGGGCGGCCCAGACAGCCAAAUCACUGGAUACGAACUGGUGUAUCGAAGGGUCGACGACACUGAAGAGAGGAAAGUGAGCUUCGAGCCAGCCACCUCCUACUUGCUGAAGAACCUGAAGCCCUUCUCCACCUACACCUUCCAGCUGGCCGCCAAGAGCAAAAAUGGGAUUGGAGCGUACACCAACGAAGUGUCCAUUGACACUCCACAGACACUUCCUUCAGCACCUCCUCAGGACAUCACAUGCACCAGUCCCAGUUCUACCAGCAUCUUGGUAAGUUGGGCUCCACCACCCCUGGAGUUUCAGAACGGCGUCAUAACGGGAUACUCCAUCCAGUAUUCCACAAUGGAGGGCAACAAAACGUCCAAAAGAGUUGACGGGAUUCCUCCGGGAAGUUCUCCGUAUCUCCUGGAAAAUCUUGAGAAAUGGACCGAGUAUGGCUUAACUGUUCGAGCGCUCACGGAGGCUGGAGAAGGACCGGAAAGCUUACAGCUGCUUGUCCGCACUGAGGAAGAUGUUCCAAGUGGUCCUCCACGAGGGGUUGAAGCAGAGACAGUGAAUGCCUCGGCCAUUAGGGUGAAGUGGCGAGCUCCGGCACCUGAGCUGCAACAUGGACAGGUCCGUGGCUACCAAGUCCACUAUGUGCGGACAAACUAUGGCGAACCACAAGGUCAAUCCCUCAUCAAAGACAUCCUCAUAGAUGACUCACAGUGGGAAUAUGGGAACUCAGCAGAAUAUGAGAUUGUGCUCGGAGACCUGAAAGCAGACACAGCCUACUCUGUGUCAGUGGGAGCUUACACCGCAAAGGGUGACGGUGCUCGCAGCAAAGCUGUUACUGCAUGCACUGCCUUGCCUUUUCCUGAGAAACCUAGACUGCUGGUUAGUGCAACUAAAUUAGGUACUGCUCUUCUGCAGUGGUAUCCCCCUCCCAACCCACCAACCCCUUUGCUGGGAUACCGACUCACCUUCGGCCGCUUGGAUGUUCUUCCCUUUACGGUGGUGGAGUUCCCCACUAAAGAAACCCAUUACACUGCUCUGGAUAUCCACAAGGGAGCUAACUAUGUGUUCAGACUCUCUGCCCGAAACAAAAUGGGCUACGGAGAGGAGUCUGUCAAGGAGGUGACCACUCCAGAAGACGUUCCGACUGGAUACCCAGAAAAUAUCAUUCUGGAGGAGGCCUCUGCUACCUACCUCAAACUGACAUGGAAAUCAGUCCCUCUGAUAGAGCAAAAUGGAAAAAUUACAAAGUACUCUGUGCUGUAUAAGGACAUAAAUAGUCGGGGGAACGCUACGGAGGUGGUGGUGCCCACUCCUGGGUCGAGUGUGUUGCUGGAGGGUCUUAGUGCCGAUACUGUGUAUGAUGUCAGGGUGUGUGCGUUCACAGUUGUCGGUCCUGGGCCGUACAGCCCCAGGAUCCAGUUCAGGACGCAACGGCUUGACCAAGUUUUUGCCACCAACUUCAGAGUGAAGGCAGCCAUGAAGAACUCUGUUCUGCUUUCUUGGGAGAUCCGGGACAAGAACCCUGCCCAGCCGUUUACUAUUCUGUAUGGAAAAGGCCUGUCUGUGGAAGUGGACGGCAAACAGACUCAGAAGCUCAUAACUGGCCUGGAUCCGGACACCCAGUACUCUUUCCUGCUCACAAACCGGGCCAACAGCGCUGGCGGGCUGCAGCACCGCGUCACUGCCACAACCGCCCCAGACAUCCUGAAAAGCAAACCCCUUAUUGUGGGAAAGACAAAUGCGGAUGGAAUGGUGACUGUGCAGCUGCCAACUGUGCAGACGACAGCAAAAGUCAGGGGUUAUUAUGUGGUGGUGGUGCCACUGAAGAAGCAGAGAGGAGGAAAGUUUCUAAAUCCCUGGGACGAUCCUGAUCAGAUGAAUCUGGACGAGCUCCUCCGAGAGAUCAACAGGACAAGCGUCAGCCGGGCCCUUCGCAUCCGCAGGCAGGCUAGCCAGUCAGAGCCCAGAGCCUAUGUCACGGCUCACUUUAAGACCCUCCCACUGGAGUUCACUUUAGGCGACAGCCGAAACUACGGCGACUUCCGCAACCGUCCUCUGCAGGGUGGGCAGGAGUAUGUCUUCUUUGUCCUUGCUCUCCUGGAUCUCUCAGAAAACACAAUGUUCUCAACCAGCCCCUAUUCUGAUCCGGUGACCGCAUCGGACGUGGAUCCCCAGCCGAUUGUUGACGAGGAGGAGGGUCUGCUGUGGGUCGUGGGCCCUGUGCUGGCUGUCAUCUUCAUUGUCUGUAUCGUCAUCGCCAUUCUUCUAUUUAAGAGCAAACCUGACAGGAAAAGAGCCGAGGCCGAGGGAAGGAAGGGCAGUUUUCCCUGCAGCAAAGCCAUGUCCUCCCACCAUCCCACAGAUCCUGUGGAGCUGCGGAGGAUCAACUUCCAGACUCCAGCUUAUCGUGUAUCAGUCUACCGUGGUUAUCGCCGUUUGUCAAGCAUGGCAAGUCACCCGCCCGUCCCCAUCUCUGAGCUGGCAGAUCACAUUGAGCGCCUCAAGGCAAAUGACAAUCUCAAGUUCUCUCAAGAGUACGAGUCCAUAGACCCAUCUCAGCAGUUCACAUGGGAGAACUCUAACUUGGAGGUCAACAAACCAAAGAACCGCUACGCUAACGUCAUUGCAUAUGAUCACUCGAGGGUCAUACUCUCCAGCAUUGAUGGUGUCCCUGGCAGUGACUAUAUUAAUGCGAACUACAUUGAUGGCUACCGCCGUCAAAAUGCCUACAUAGCCACUCAAGGCCCUCUUCCGGAGACCUUUGGGGACUUCUGGAGGAUGGUCUGGGAGCAGCACACAGCCAACAUCGUCAUGAUGACCAAGCUGGAGGAGAAGUCACGGAUGCCCUCUUAUUUCUUCUCUAAGGUGAAAUGUGAUCAGUACUGGCCAACACGUGGCACAGAGACCUACGGUCUCAUCCAGGUCACUCUGCUGGACACAGUGGAGCUGGCCACCUACUCUAUGAGGACCUUCGCGCUUUACAAGAGCGGCUCUAAUGAGAAGCGUGAGGUUCGUCACUUCCAGUUCACAGCCUGGCCGGACCACGGGGUCCCCGAACAUCCCACCCCGUUCCUGGCUUUCCUUCGCCGGGUCAAAGCCUGCAACCCCCCAGACGCUGGACCAAUGAUUGUGCAUUGCAGCGCCGGUGUGGGCCGAACCGGCUGCUUCAUCGUCAUCGACGGCAUGACAGAGCGCAUCAAGCACGAGAAGACUGUCGACAUUUACGGCCACGUCACGCUGAUGCGCUCUCAGAGGAACUACAUGGUCCAGACGGAAGACCAGUACAUCUUCAUCCACGAUGCUUUGCUGGAGGCCGUGACGUGCGGGAACACCGAGGUCCCCGCCAGAAAUCUGUACUCCUACAUCCAGAGGCUGACACAAAUUGAGCCGGGAGAGAACGUCACUGGCAUGGAGGUGGAGUUCAAGCGUCUGGCCAGUGCCAAGGCCCAUACGUCUCGGUUUGUGAGUGCCAAUCUGCCAUGCAACAAGUUCAAGAAUCGACUGGUGAACAUUAUGCCCUAUGAGACGACGCGCGUGUGUCUGCAGCCAAUCAGAGGGGUGGAAGGGUCCGACUACAUCAACGCCAGCUUCAUUGAUGGAUACAGGCAACAACGGGCCUACAUAGCAACCCAAGGCCCGCUGGCUGAGACCACAGAGGACUACUGGAGAAUGCUGUGGGAACACAACUCCACUAUAGUUGUCAUGCUGACCAAACUGAGAGAAAUGGGACGGGAGAAGUGUCACCAGUACUGGCCAGCAGAGAGAUCAGCCAGGUACCAGUACUUUGUGGUUGAUCCCAUGGCUGAAUAUAACAUGCCUCAGUACAUCCUCCGAGAGUUCAAAGUGACUGAUGCCCGAGACGGCCAAUCAAGGACGGUUCGUCAGUUCCAGUUUACCGAUUGGCCAGAACAAGGAGUGCCAAAAUCGGGAGAAGGAUUCAUUGAUUUUAUUGGCCAAGUUCACAAAACUAAAGAACAGUUUGGUCAGGAUGGGCCAAUUACUGUGCACUGCAGCGCUGGAGUCGGGAGGACCGGUGUGUUCAUCACCCUGAGCAUCGUCCUGGAGAGGAUGAGGUAUGAAGGGGUGGUGGACAUCUUCCAAACGGUCAAGAUGCUGCGCACACAGAGACCUGCCACCGUUCAAACAGAGGAUCAGUACCAGUUCUGCUACCGGGCCAGUCUCGAGUACCUGGGAAGCUUCGAUCACUAUGCAACAUAAACACAGUUGCUGUCUAGUCUCGCCCCAUUCAGCCGACUGCUCCCUUUUUGUAGUGUCACACACAACCUGAAUACACGCACUUGGCUGGAAUGUGUGCGUGAAGAUUUCGCCACCACCUACAGAGUCUAAACGGGGGUGGCGGACCACCGGCUUAUCCCCCCCGUUCCCAGAAACAGCACUUCUAACUGAGCCAUAGCGAUCCUGCUCGACCCCCGGGGGGCGAGGGUGGGAGACUCGUGUCGCCCUCCCUCUACCCCUCCACCCAGUCCAAACACAAACACACCUGUGGGUCAGUCUGAAGAAGCAGCUUCAACCACUGUUCCAAAACAAAAUAUUAAAUAUAGAUUUUUUUUUUAUGAUGAUGAUGAUGAUGAAUACGUUUUGGUUCCAGUGCUUCUGUGAGCACCCAGAUUGCUUUGUGUUGUUUUCGGUGUGGAACUCUCACCUCGUCCAUCACCAGUGUAGCAUCACUAAACUGAAAAAAAAACAAAAAAACAAACAGGACCAAGCGGCGGGAAAAAGUUGGAAUUUUUUUCUAUCACGAGGAGCGCCAGGUUAAAGUCUGCGCAUCCACCCGAUGGAAUCCUCCUGGGUUUAUACGCACCGGAGAAUUGCCAACAGAAAGAACUGAGGACACAGAGCACACAGUUUUAAAAAGACAAAAAAACACGUACUUUAAAAAGGAGCACCAAGGAGUAUUUUUCUUUCCUUUUCUUUUUUUUGUUUUUUUCUUUGGUUCUGGAUCAUGUUGGAAACAGACUUUUGUUUCCUGCGAAUGAAAAGAGGACAUUUCUACAGUAAUAAGCACCACCAGUUCAACCUUAUUACACUUAUUACACUUCAAAUAAGGGAAGAGAGGUUUAAACUGCAAAGCAAAACAUUAAUUUAGUUUUUUAGAAAGAUAUAUGACUAUUUAGUUUUUUU